CUGACAACCAGACACUCAUCGAGAGAAACAGGAAAGGCGAAAAACUUUUUUGACACCACACAGUCGUCGCGAACUGAAGACAAAAUACAUACGACAGGUGUUUUUAUUGUUAACAAUACCAUACAAAUAAUACAUAUAAAAUAUAUGUCUAAUUAAUAGAGAGAAAGGAAAGGAAAUUUUUUCCUAUUUUUUCCCAUAAAAAAAAUUAAAUUCUUAAUUUAGUGGGUGUUUUUUUUACAAAAAAAAAGGAGUGAGAAAAUUUUUUUUCAGUUUUUUAUCAAGUGUGAAACACGUGACAAUUAUAUAUCUCUUUCUCGGAAAAACUAAAAAGAGAGAAAAAUAAUUUAGUGUCCUUUUUCCUGCCUUUAUUAUUAUUAUUAUUAUUGUGUUUGUGUAUGCAUUAAAUGUAUUUUCGUUAAGCGAAAAAGCAUGGCUGGUGUAUUUGAUAUCGAACUUCACGAUGGAGAGACAAAUAAAAAUACAAAUCAAGAAGAAUCCGAUGAUGAUAUUAUCGAGGCACGAGAGGGGGAAUACGAUAUGAGUCCUAAUCUUAAUUCCAUGCUCGAAUUGGAGAAUGUCGAGAGAGUUCAAUUAUCAGAGCAAAAUGUGAAUCCUGGUCAGGAGAAAACGGGACCGCAGGAUUUUGAAUUGUGUAAAAUUUUAGGCGAAGGCGGCUAUGGAAAAGUUUUUCAAGUGAGAAAAGUCACUGGAAAAGAUAGAGGCAGCAUUUUUGCAAUGAAGGUUUUGCGAAAAGCAUCGAUUAUUCGAAACCAAAAAGACACAGCUCAUACCAAAGCAGAGAGAAACAUUUUGGAAGCUGUAAAGCAUCCGUUUAUCGUUAAUUUAAUGUACGCUUUUCAAACCGGUGGGAAAUUGUACCUUAUUUUGGAAUAUCUCUGUGGAGGAGAAUUAUUCACGUAUUUAGAACGUGAGGGCAUUUUUCUCGAGGACACCGCAUGUUUUUAUCUGUCGGAAAUAAUUCUCGCCUUGCAACAUCUUCAUAAUCAGGGAAUAAUUUAUAGAGAUUUGAAACCGGAAAAUAUUCUACUGGACAGUGAAGGACACGUGAAAUUAACGGAUUUUGGACUUUGUAAGGAACACAUUCAAGAGGGAACUGUAACACACACUUUCUGCGGCACUAUCGAAUACAUGGCACCGGAAAUUCUAACGAGAAGCGGACACGGAAAAGCAGUCGAUUGGUGGAGUUUGGGUGCCUUGAUGUUCGACAUGCUCACAGGGAUGCCUCCUUUCACUGGUGCGGAUCGAAGAAAAACGAUAGAGAAAAUUUUAAGGGGACGACUAACACUUCCACAGUACCUCACAUCCGAAGCGAGGGAUUUAAUUCGCAAAUUAUUAAAAAGACAAAUUAUUCAAAGGUUAGGCUCUGGACCGGAAGACGCCGAGCAAAUAAUGAAACACAAUUUCUUCUCGCACAUCAAUUGGCAGGAUGUUAUUUCGCGAAAAUUGGAACCACCCUUUAAACCCUCAUUGAAAAGUGCAGACGAUACGUCACAAUUCGAUGAACAAUUCACAGCGACUGUGCCUGUCGAUUCUCCGGUUGAAAGUACAUUAAGCGAAUCAGCAAAUUUAAUAUUUCAAGGAUUUACUUACGUGGCGCCGAGCGUUUUAGAAGAAAUGUACACUCAACAGCCGCGAGUUGUUCAUGCCCGAAGUCCCCGGAGGCCUUUCCUUGGAAGUGGACAUAGCGGAAGUCUUCACAGUUUCUCGUCAAGAACACCAGACGCUCACUUGCGGCCUUCGGCUCAAUUUUAUCAGCACAGGCACCAUAAUACCGGAAAUGACAGCACGGAAGACAUGGAAAUGGACGUGAGUCAUGCACCCGGACAUUUAUAGUGCUCAAAAAAUAACUCAACAGAAGCCACCGAAAUUCUCUAAAAGAAAAAUCCAGAAAAUACAGAGAGAAAAAAACAAAAUUGAUAUACAAAACGAAAAAUUUCAAAGUUAAAAAUCCCUUUUAUGCAAAAAUUUACUUUGAAAUCAGAAAAAGUAAGAGAGAAAUAUUUCGGUGACUCGAAUUAGUUAAUUUAUCACGCAGAACUGAUCCCUUUUUCUUCAAGGUAUGUAUAGAAAAGAAGAAUUAUGAAAUUUAGACAAAAAUUUCGAAAUUUCGAGGAGAAUAAAAAAUUGAUAAAUUCGGAGACAAAGGAAUCGGCUCUGAUUUGCCAAUAGGAUACAAUUUUUUUCGACGAAAUGUCGAUGAGAAAAUAAUAAUUAAUAUGAUAGUCGAGGGGAAAAUUAAGCCGUUCGAGGAGAAAAAAUAUUUUUUUUU